UAAGAAGUAGGAAUACAUGCAACAACCAAAUCAAUACAUUACUAUCUAAUUUCAUCUAUUUUCUAAGCUUAAAAUCUGUAUCAAAAAAGUGAUCAAGAAUGGCAAUUAAGAUUCAUGGAAUGCCUCAAUCCGGAUGCACUCUAAGAGUCUUGGCUGCUGCUCAUGAGAAGGAAAUUGAUUAUGAAUUGGUUCAUGUUGACUUGAAAACUGGAGCUCAUAAGCAUCCUUCUUUUCUCUCCCUUAACCCAUUUGGUCAAGUCCCCGUUUUCCAAGAUGGAGAUCUAACUUUAAUCGAAUCAAGAGCAAUAACAAGAUACAUAGCGUACGCCUACGAAAACCAAGGAACACCCCUCAUCUACCAAGAUCCUCUACAAAUGGCACAUCUCACAGUAGGAUUGGAGAUCGAAGCUCAUCAAUUCGACCCAGUUGCCAGCAAACUCGGAUGGGAGCUGGUCUACAAAAACUACUUAGGAAUGCAAACUGACGAAGAAUUAGUGAAAGAAUACGAGGAGAAAUUCGCUAAGAUCCUUGACAUAUACGAGGUUUAUUUGUCAAAGAAUAAGUAUGCAGGAGGAAAUUCAUUCGGUUUGGCUGAUGUUCAUCAUAUGCCUGCUUUGGAAACAUUGAAUGGGACUAGACUCAGCAAAAUGAUCGAUGAACGCCCACAUGUGAGUGCGUGGUGUAAGGAUAUUUUGUCAAGGCCUUCUUGGCAAAAGUGUUUGGCCAUCAAGAAUGCUGCUCAUUGAUUUUGGGUGCUGUUAAAUUUACUGUGUACCGAUCCAUCCACUUUUCUCUUUGGGAUUCUCUUUUAAUUAAGUUGAGGUUUAUGAUAUACUCAAAAAUAAAAUUGGUAUACAGAGUUUGUCUUCAAUUUGGUUUUAUUUUCAAGGAAGGCUUUACAUGUAAUUUGUGUGUACUUGAGUGGGAGCAACACCAACAUAUGUUGUAACGACCUUUGUGUUGAUCAAUUUAUAAAAGUAUAAUUAUGCCUUUUAAUGUAUUAAAUAAA